AUGGCUGAUGGCACGUGUGCCACCUACCAUAGUCGACUCCACUGCUUUCCUCCCCUCUGCUUACUUGCCCGGGAACUGGGCGUUCUUCUGCUGCUCGAGCAGCUCCGCAAACUUGGCCUUGAAGUGCUCGGAGUGCUCGUGCAUUUUCUUGUUGAACUUUUCCGUGUGCUCCUGAAUCAUCUUCUCGAACUUCUCGUAGUGCUCCUUCAUUUCAGGGGACAGGGUGCUUUCGUCCGGCUUGUCCGCGAAGAACUUCUUGUUCUGCUCCUCCAUCUUCUUCGCAAACUCGGCAUCCAGCCGGUCGAGCUUGGCGGAGAAUUCCUCAAGGGUGGUGGCCAUGGUUCGCUUGGGGGUAUAAUAGCUUGA